AAAAAAAUCAGAAAUUCUGCUACGGACGGACAAACGGCGAGGGACCCCACACUUCGCCAGCACAACAAGCACACAAUCAAGAGACUGCAUUCAGCCGUCGGUAGCAGAUAAUCGAUCGGCCAAAUCGUUUUUUGGAUUUGCUCAGCGUGCUGCCGCCAAUUCCUCCUUUUGUGGCAACAUGGCCAAGAAAAGAAAAGCCCCCCGCAACCCGGAGCCCAGCGGACCCCGCGAAAUCGACCCCAAGGAUGCGCGCCUCACCAUCAGGACGUACGAGGAUGUCGCCGACUCGCAGGACGAGUACUGGGCCGAGAAGGACCGCAUCGACUUUGACGAGGACGAAGAGCCGCGCUCCAAGCGCCUCAAGAGGCAACAACAGGAAGAUGCGUUUCUAGAACCCUCAGACGAGGAGAUUCUCGGGGAGGAGGAGGAGUCGGACGAGAGCUCGGAGGAAGAAGAGCGGGUGCCUGUCAAGAAAGGGACCGGAAAGAGAGCGGGCGGAGGAGUGGCUGAGGACUUGUUCGACGAGGAGGAAAGGAAAGGGGAGGAGGAAGAAGGCGAUGAGGGCUGGUGGGGCUCCUCGAAAAAGGAGUACUACAACGCGGAUACCAUCGAGACGGAGGCAGAUGCAUUGGUAGGUUUGCCCUCCGGUCGGUCGCCGCGAGAGAAGAGAGACACUGACCGGCUGCCGCAGGAAGAAGAGGCAGAGGCACGGCGCCUCCAGGCCAAGAAGCUGGCCAAGAUGCAGGAGGCCGAUUUCGCCUUUGACGAGAGCGAAUGGCUGGCACCGAAAGAGCAGGACAAGGACGAGGACGAGGUCGUGACCGAAGUGCUCAAGGAAGUCGAGGUGACCGACGACAUGGGACCCGAGGAGCGGUACAAGCUGCUGCAGGCUCGCUAUCCCGAAUUUGACUACCUAGUGGACGAGUUCAGGGAGCUUCAGCCUCUUCUGCCUACCCUGCAAAAAGAAGCGGAAGGAAAGCCGGCCAAGUCCCUACAGGUGAUCAAGUCCUGGCUUGCAGGGUGCUACAUCGCAGCGCUGGCGAGCUACUUUGCCAUCCUCACGUCCCCUUCGCGCGACGGCGACGGGUCGGCAGCGACCAUGAACCCGUCGGAGCUCAGGGAACACGAUGUCAUGGAGACCCUGGUGCAGUGUCGGGAGGCCUGGCUGAAAGUCAAGAAUCUCAAGGCGGCAAGGCCCGUUGCGCCGCCAUCCAACGGCAUGCUCUCGCCGCCCGAGGAGGAGGAGGCCGAUCUCGAGAUGAUCGACGGCGCGUCAGCGCCAAAGCGGCGAGCGGAGAGGCUCUCCAAGGCCGAGGUCAAGGCGAACAAGAAGAAGGCGGCCGAGGCGGCGAGGAAGGCCCGGGCGGUCGAACAGUCCCUGGCAGAGCUGUCGACGCUGCUCAAGAGCGCCAAGAAGGCCGGCAAGGCCGCCGGCGCGCCUGCUGCUGCCUCGGCCGGGGAGGCGGCCGACGACGACAACCGGUCCGACUUUGGCGAGGAGGAGGCGCUGGAUGCCCACACGGCCGCCGACAAGGCCCGCCGCAAGAAGAGCCUCAAGUUUUACACGUCGCAGAUCGUGCAGAAGGCCAACAAGCGCGCGGGUGCCGGCCGGGAUGCGGGCGGCGACAUGGAUAUUCCAUACCGCGAGCGCUUGAAGGAUCGCCAAGCCCGUCUCAACGCCGAGGCGGAACGGCGGGGCAAGAAGGGCAGCAAGUUCGGGGCGGACCUGGGCGAGGGCGACAGCGACAGCGAGGGCGAGGAGGCGGUGGCGCAGCAGGUGCGGGGCGAGGAGGACGAGUACUACGACAUGGUGGCGCACGAGGCCAAGAAGAAGCGCGAGGACAAGGCGGCGCGGUUCGAGGCGCUGGCCAAGGCGCGGCGGGGCGAGCGCGUGGUGGAGGAGGAGCAGAUCGGGGAGGACGGCAAGCGGCAGAUCACGUACCAGAUCCAGAAGAACAAGGGCCUGACGCCGCACCGCAAGAAGGAGGCGCGCAACCCGCGCGUCAAGAAGAGGAAGAAGUACGAGCAGAAGCAGAAGAAGCUGCGGAGCGUCAAGGCCGUCUACAAGGGCGGCGAGGGCCCCGGCGGGUACCAGGGCGAGCUGUCGGGUAUCAAGACCAGCCUGGUCAAGAGCGUCAAGCUGUGAUUUGGUCCGACAGCGGCGUAGGAUCGGGUACUGUAGGUG